AUGCUCAUUGUGAACGAAUGCAAACGCGCAAGAUGCACAGACAGCAAAGCCAUCUCAGACACGUCGAAUGUUCAUACAUUUACGUUUCUUCACUUGCAUGUGAUCAUUGUGGCUCUUGAUACAACGCUGCAAAGACAUAGUCAGCGCCGCACAUAUCGCGACCGCACAAUAAACAGGGUUUGGCAGGGUGAUCGUCAAACAAUGGAUAUAUGGCGGAUCUAG